AAGCUAAAGUAGAAUCAAUAUUUAUUACAAUAAAACCUAGUAAUACACAAUAUAAGUCCAAAACCACAUUAAACAAAACAAAUUUUGCGGAAAGAAACUGUCGGCUCCCAGCCUCCCCUCGUCAACUCUCCAUUCCUUAGUCUCAAUUAUUUGUGCUGGUAUUUUAAUUAUCUUCCUUCAAAACAAAACAAAAAAACUACAGUACUAAUUAUCUGUGUAUACAUGCAUAGCUACACCAGCAUCUCCUCCUCUAGAAAUAAACAUGACCAAAAUCAACAUAACCACAAAGAUCUGGUAAACAAACAAACUUGCAGUGUGAGUGUGUUUAAUCCAUUUCAGAUUUCAAUUUGAAAAACAAACAACUAUAAUCUGUUCACUGAAAGAGAUCCAUAACCCAUAGGAAAAGCAAAAACAAUGGCGGAGGACUCCAAACUCGAAGAAGACAGGAUCAGUAAUUUACCAGAUGGUCUGCUCAACCAGAUCUUAUCAUUACUCCCGAUCAAAGACGCAGUUGCCACUGGCCGUCUAUCUCGUCGAUGGCGCCACCUCUGGAAGCAUCUCUCCGUUCUCAACUUCAGCCUGUCUCACUUCAAAAUUUAUGAAGAAUGCGAUGGAACGGAGGACCCUACUGAAGAAUUCAGGAGCUUCGCUCUUUUAGUUAAUGGUGUGCUUGCUCUCCUCCGUAAUCCCCGCGCCAUUCGGAAGUUUCAUCUUCACUGUGCCCACUCCCAUUUGGAUGACAAGUUCCGUGCUUACUCAGUUGAUACGUGGGUUCGUUCUGUCAUUGGACCUCAUCUCGAGGAACUCAAUCUCGUGCUCUAUUCAAAGGAAUACAAGUCUGCCUUCAAGCUCCCUCAAACCCUCUUCACUUCGGCUAACCUCAUUUCACUCUCGUAAAUAAAUUACUUCCACUUUUUAUUGCUUUCAUUCUGUUGCACUUUUGUGUCGUAAUCCCGUAUUAUCUGUUCAUCUUAUCUUAGAAAAUUUGAUUUGACUUUA